AUGAGUGACAUCAAACCAAUGAACCCGGUCUUAAGUUCAUCACCAAGUGGUGAUCAAGACCUUCCCAAGACAGUUGGGUUACUAGAUUUCCGCAAAGUGAAGAUGAUAGGGCGUGGCAAUGUUGGCCAUGUUUAUUUAGUUCAACUCAACAACACAUCUCAUUAUUUUGCGAUGAAAGUUCGCUCAAAGGCAGCAAUGACUCAACAAAAUAAAACGGACCGAGUGACCACAGAACGUGAGAUCUUAAAAACAACUCACCACCCAUUUUUAACGCAUUUGUAUUGGUCCUUCUCCACUGAAAAAUGUUUUUACUUUGUUAUGGACUAUUGUGCUGGGGGGAACUUUUAUCGAGCACUUCGCAAGACACCGCACAAGUUUCUUCCUGAAGAACCUGCUCGGUUUUACUUAGCUGAGAUAUUAUUAGCUUUAGAAUACCUUCACUUAAAUGGAAUUAUAUAUAGAGACUUAAAACCAGAAAACGUUCUAUUAAAUAGUUCCGGGCACAUCAUGUUGUCCGACUUCGACUUAAGUAAAACAGAACCGACUAAAGAGAACGUAGUUGACGUUAUUAAAGCUGCACAUGAGAAAUUUAAGAAAGAGCCAGACUUCAUCACUAACUCCUUUGUGGGGACUGCAGAGUACUUAGCUCCAGAAGUCUUGGUCGGCUUCGGGUACUCCGCUCAAGUCGACUGGUGGACUUUUGGGAUCUUAAUGUAUGAGAUUUUGUAUGGAAGAACUCCGUUUUUUAAUAGAAAUAGAGAUACCGUGUUUUCUAAUAUCUUAGAUGGGGAACUAAUGUUCCCGAAAACUUGGACAUAUCCCAUCUCUACUAAUGCUAAAGAUCUCAUGAGAGAACUUCUCCAAAACGAUCCAGAAAAGAGAAUAGGCGCUAAAGACGGGGCGGAGGAAAUUAAAGCUCAUAACUUUUUUAAAGGAGUCAAAUUCCAAUUAAUUAGAAAUAUAACACCACCUAUUAUCCCUAAAAUUUCGGGACCAGAAGACACAAAAUAUUUCGACGAAAAUCAGACCGACGACGGGUAUCUAGAAAAAGAACUAGAAGCAUUACAAAAACUCAAAGAAGAGGAAAGUGAUGAAAAAGAUCGUGAGCGAAAAAGCGAAAAUCUCACACUCGCCCAGAUUUUGGAAAAAGACAAGUUGGACGAAAAAUUGGAAAAAACUGGCGACGCCAUUCAAAAACAAAACGAAACAAAUUCGGAGAAAAAAUUGCAACAACCAGCACAAGUGCAAAUCAUAUUGGGGGAAAAUCUUGAAAAAUAA